AUGAGCGAGACGAUCGAGCAGACUAAUGAAACACGCGCGCUUUGUUUGAUCAACUGGUACUUGUGCGACCGCUUUCGUGAUGUAUUCGUCGAUGGGUUUUGCGACUGCAUGGUGUGGCCUUUCGAGGUGGUGAACCCAGUGCUCCACGCGCUGACACUAGAGGCCAUUCGCAAUUUUGACGUCCUAAGCAGUGGCUUUACAAGCGAUCUCAGUCGCUAUGCGAAAAUCAAACUCAAGGCUGAUUUGAACUCUUUGGCAAAGUAUUUAUCGGCAUGGAACGAGUCCAAGCGAGUGAUCUUCAGCGAUGACAAAUUGCCUGGAAGUGCGACUGUUUCAAGCGUGGAAGACCAAAACAUUAACAGAUAUAUGGCGGAAAAACUACAGCAGCAGCGCACAAACUUUGCCGCAGCUGAUGUCAAUUUCUACACUCGGCUGUAUGACUACAACCAGAAAAAGGUAAAGCAGCUUUUUUCUUUUACCGGAGAGAGCUAUGAUGCUGUGAAAUACCGGAACGAGUAUAAACUACGAGGCCAGCAGGACGCUCUGGGGGUGUUUGAAGUGAGUCACGAAGUUGUCGUGAGUGAACGAGACAAAGGUCGCUACUAUCGAGCGUACGCGUCGACGGACCAGUUUACGGCUAUCAGCUACGAGAAUGCAAUCGUUUCGCCCCAGACCCUCGCUAAGCGAGCUGGGCUUACUGAAGGAGAAACAAAUAAUGUCUCGAUGGUGGCGAGUUGUACCGAAACGGUAUCAAUUGCUCUACCGAAAGCAAAGUACAUGUGCGAUGUCGACAUGAAAAUUGACCACCAAACGGAUGCGCAUAUUUGGGUGCAUCCACUUACGGGUGUGCUCUCGUUCGGUAUUGUGGCAGCUUGCAACCACAGACAAGCAUUUACAGGCACUAUUGAUGCCAAAUUUCAAAUGACGGUCCGGAAGGAAUCAAUCAAACCCGCAUAUGUUUGGAUCGACGUAUCAAGUUUGAUGGACAUGUUGAUGGGCAAUACAAUUGUUCGUCUCGAACAUGGAGCACAAUUGGUGAGUGUGUGUCCAGAAUCAAAGGAACUCCGUUUGAUUUCUCGUGAUGGACACAGGGAGGACGCGAAAAGUCUGUUCAAGUUGCACCCUGCUGAAAACGGUUCGUUUUUGCUUUCAACGCUUCCUUCCUCCGACGCAGGUAAGCAAUGGGUGUGCGUUCGCAAUGAUAAACUUGUCGCCAAUGAUGUUGAUGGCUAUGGAAGUGAUAAAUUUGUCGUGCAUCGACUGUCAACAAGCUAUAACGACUGGAUCGUGCAAGAACGACGUACGCAAAAGAAUAUCAUUGUAGUGGAAAAGGACAACGCGUUGGUGCUUGAAGUGAAAAAAUUGAGUCGUCGAGAAGCUUCUACUUUUUCAUUUGUGCGACCUCUGUAUGGUGAAACAGAUUGA